UUGCAAUUUCCUUCUAUUUAUUUUUAAGACUGAAUAAUAUUCCAUUGUAUGUAUAUACCACGUUUUCCUUAUCCAUUCAUCUAUUAACGGACAUUUAGGUUGUUUCCGUGUCUUAGUCAUCAUGAAUAGAGCUGCAAAUAGUUGUGAUUUACAACCGCAAAAAAGUACAGGGGGAGAAAAUAGGCUCGAUGUGCCUAUAUGAUUAUUGAAAAUUAUUUACUAUUAUUAUUAUUAUUCAGUUUAUAACACUUGUUAGGCCCUUACUAAGUCCAGGCACUGAGUUUCUUUACGCGUUAUCUCAUUUGACCCUCAUGACAACCUAUAAGGUAGAUAUUUUAUUAUCUCCAUUUUUCAAAGGAAUAAACUGAGGUUAGCCCAGAGUCAUACUACUAAUUCUGGUGGAACUGGGAUUUUAACCCAUAUCUGUCUGGAGCACCUCUCUUCAUCACCAUGCUGUACUGCUUUGUAUGUUAGCCAAAGGGGUUAGAAUGUAUCCUGUAAGGCAAAGGCAACUUUAAAUAAUAUUUAAAGAGGAAAGUGACAGAACUUUCCCACAUACCCAUCCCCAACCUCCACUACUCUGAUGGCCAUGGAAAGGCAAGAUUAGAGGAAAGUAAAAUUACAUCUACAGUAACCGGUAUGAAAACUAUUGCAAUAGUUCAGAGAUAUUGGAGAUGUAGGAGGAGGGGACAAAAGAAGUAGUUGAGAGUUUAGAUUUCAUAGUAUUUGGUCAUUAAUUGUCUGGGAGACAUAAAGGAGAGAGCAGAAACUUGGCAAGCUGGGCAGAUAGUGGUAAAUGCUGCUUAGAUAUAGAAUAUUGUAGAAGGACAUUUGGGGGGGAAAUGAGUCCAGUGUGAGUAUAUUCAGUUGGAGGUACUCAUGAGGUCUUCAGGGAAGCAGUCUUGCUGUCUCACCCACGAGAGAGAAUGCCGUGGGCCAGAGUUAUGGCUUUGGGAGUCACUGGCAUGUAUCCGUAUUGAAAGAAUUGUCCUGCAAUAGAUUGUUUAAGGCAGAUGUGUAAGAUGAGAAGAACAAGGGGGGUGGAGGAUGGAACCCUAAAAACAAAACAAAUCAAAACAGAACACUUCAGAUUUAGAAUCCUGGCCUAGGAAGAGAAAGCUGAUAAAUAAUGGUCAGAAAGUUCGAGUACCAGAAAAGAGAACCAGAAGGGAAUAGGGUCAUGGAAACCCAUAAGAAAUUAAAUUUCAAGAACGAAAGCAUAGCCAAAGUGUUAAAAGACGCACACAGGUGAUAAGAAUUCCCUAUCACAUUAAAAAAUUCUGAACAACACUAUAGUGGGGAACAAAGACUAAUUACUGAUGUCCAUCUUCUUCUCUACAGAAUCCUUACUUUGGAUAUUUUGGAUAUCAUGGAUUUGGAGGUCGUCCUCCUUAUUAUUCAGAAGAAAUGUUUGAACAAGAUUUUGAAAAACCCAAAGAAAAAGACCCUCCUAAAACAGAGAGUCCAGCCACUGAACCCUCAUCUAAUUCAACAGUUCCUGGGACUAAUUCUACCCAACCAAAUGCACCAAAUACAGGAGGAAGUCAGGGCAGAAAUGACACCAGCCCAACAGGAAACAGUGGCCAUGGACCGAACACUGCGAGCAACCCUACAACUCAAAAUGGGGUCAUUCCACCCCCUGCAGUUAAUGUUUCAGGCCAGGGGGCACAAAGAGGUCAAACCCCAUGGGGACCAAAUCAGCCAAAUAUUUAUGAAUACUACCCAAAUCCUAACAUCCAUAGUUUUCCUGCAGGAAGACAAUGGCGUCCCACUAGUACUGUCAUGGGGCACAGACAGAAUGGGCCUUUUUACCGAAAUCAACAAGUCCAAAGGGGUCCUCGGUGGAAUUCCUUCGCUUGGGAAGACAAACAAGCAGUUCGUCCAGGAAAUCCAAUUUAUCGCAAACCUUACGCUUCCACUGCAAGAGGCAAUUCUCCCAAUCAUGCAGGAAAUCCAGCAAAUUUCAGAAGAAAGCCUCAGGGGCCAAAUAAACACCCUGUGGGAACCAGUGUUGCUCCUUUGGGUCCCAAACAUGGUACUGUUGGCCGCAAUGAAAAAGUCCAAAAUCCAAGAGAGAAGCCACUAGGUCAAAAAGAAAAAAUAGUCAUUCCUACAAGGGAUCCAACUGGCCCCUGGAGAAACUCUCAAGAUUAUGGAGUUAAUAAAUCAAACUAUAAAUUGCCUCAUUCUGAGGGUAACAUGCUAGUCCCAAAUUUUAAUUCUAUUGAUCAACGUGAAAACUCUUAUUACCCAAGAGGAGAUUCCAGAAGAGCCCCAAAUCCUGAUGGACAAACCCCAAAUCAGAAUUUGCCCAAAGGGAUUAUUUUAGAGCCAAGAAGAACCCCAUAUGAAUCAGAAACUAAUCUGCCAGAAUUAAAGCACAGUACAUAUCAGCCUGAAUACCCUGAGGAAAUCCCUUCCCCUGCAAGGGAACAUUUUCCAGCCGGAAGAAAUACUUGGAACCACCAAGAAAUUGUUCCACCUUUUAAGGAAGAUCCUGGGAGGCAGGAGGAACUCUUACCUCAUCAUUCCCAGGGCUCUAGAGGAGGUUUGUACUACCCAGACUAUAACCCCUAUGAUCCCAGGGAGAACUCACCAUACCUUAGAAGAAAUACAUGGGAUGAGAGAGAUGAUUCUCCCAACACUAGGGGGCAACCCGAAAAUCCGCUGUACCCCAUAAACAAUCCAGACCCAAAAGAGACAGUCCCUUACAAUGAAGAGGACCCAAUUGAUCCAACUGGAGAUGAACCUUUCCCAGGACAAAGUAGAUGGGGGGUGGAGGAGUCAAGCUUUAAAGAAGGCCAAACAGUUAGGCACUAUGAAGGUGAACAUCAUACCUCAUAUCAACCAAAGGAAUACCUUCCCUAUUCCUUAGAUAAUCCAUCGAAACCCAGGGAGGAUUUUCCUUAUGGUGAAUUCUACCCUUGGAACCCAGAUCAGAAUUUGCCAGUUCCCACUGUACCACCACCUGUGGAGAACAGAGGCUAUUAUGUUAACAGUGCUGUUGGACCAGAAGAAAGCACUCUGUUUCCUUCUUGGAACUCCUGGGAUCCCAGAAUACAAGCCCAAGGGCAGAAGGAAAGAAGGCCAUAUUUUAACAGAAAUUUCUGGGAUCAGCCAACACACGUACACAAAGCCCCUGCUGGUCCACCACACCAGAAAGAGAACGAGCCCUAUUCUAGUAACUCCCCAGCUGGGCUUCAGAAAAAUCCAACAUUGCGUGAAGGUGAGAAUUUGAAUUAUGGCAUGCAGAUUACUAGGUUAAAUUCACCAGAGGGUGAACAUUUGCCUUUCCAGGACUUAAUUCCUCCAAGUUACUCAUCAGGUCCAAAAGAAGCACAUUUAUUUCAUCUAAGCCAGAGAAGCCCUUGCUGUGCUGGUGGCUCCACAGGGCGAAAGGACAAUCUGCUUGCUCUACAAGACCACACUCCAUCUUUUGGUCUUGCCCCAGGGGAGAACCAAGACCCCAGUCCUCUGUAUACAAAAGAUAGUCACACUAAACAUGCAAGACAUACCAUCUCCCCAACAAGCACCUUACCUGGCCAGAGAAACAGCUCAGAGAAUAGGCUGCCUGGAGAAAGUCCAAACCCAAAUCCUUUUAGAGAUGAUGUGUCCACUCUGAGAAGGAACAUACCAUGUUCUAUAAAGAAUCAACUAGAUCAAAGGGGAAUUAUACCCUUUUCUGAAACCAGUUCCCUUCAAUCAAAAAAUACUCCUUGUCUUAAAAGUGACCUUGGAGGAGAUGGAAACAAUGUUUUGGAUGAAAUAUUAGAAGGCAGCCAGCUCAAUGAAAGGACUGUUGCCCUUACUCCUGAGCAGCUUGUUAUUGGUACACCUGAUGAAGGCCCCAAGCCAGAAGGACUCCAAAGGGAAGUGCAAGGAAAUGAGGGUGAAAGGCAACAAGAAAGGCCAUCUAGCAUCCUACAGUUACCGUGCUUUGGCUCCAAAUUAGCAAAGUAUCUCUCCUCCAGCACUGGAGCUCCAUCUAGCAUUGGAAGGCAAGGCCCAUUCAAUGGAGAUCCAAUGAUGCCUACUGAAAUUCCUAAUUCAUUGGCUGGCUUAGCUACUGGGGCCCAGUUUCAGAGUAUAAAUGUAGACCCACUUAAUGCAGAUGAACACACUCCAUUUGAUUCCCUUCAAAUAGGGACCAAUCCACAGGACCAGGUACAAAACUGCUUACUACUUCAGGCCUAGGAUUCUCUCAACCAAGAAUCCUUUGGGGAAGGAAAACACCUGAUAUUCUAUAACUAAUAUUCUACAGUAGUUCCCAAACUUUUCCCCCAAGACUUGAUUAACUAUCUGACCCUCUUGGUGAUCCUUAAUUUUUUCCCCCUUCCAGCAAUAAGAGUAAUGGCCCAGAUGGUGCUGGGCCUUUGGGACUUCCUAAAUCCAGUACUGUCACUAUUAGCACAGACCUG